AAUAGCAGUUGUUCGGGAAUCACUGACAUUCGGUUCGAGUAAUUUUGUUGUGACUCAAGUUAUAUUAUACAGAAAUGACAUCAUCAAAAUACUUGCCAUUACGAAUCGUAUUAUGCCUACAAAUUCUGUUAUUUGCUGCCGUUUGUGCCAACGAUCGUGAGCGCUAUUGUGGCCCGAAGUUAACACAAAUGCUACAAAUUCUCUGCAGAAACGUUUAUGCUUCUCCGACAUACAAUAACAGAAAUGACAAAAGAUCCGACGAUGCUGAAGACAAUGACUACAUCAAUGAUGAACUAUUGAAUUAUCCUCCAUUUGCAUUCCGAUCCUAUCCAUUUGUGAGGCAAUUCGAUUCAGCAUCAGCACUUGGCACCCGAGUGCGUCGUGAUUACACGGCUGUAAAGCGCGGAGUCUACGACGAAUGCUGCCGAAGCCCUUGUUCACUUAAGCAGUUAAUGAGUUACUGUGGAGCUUGAAUGAAAGAUAACAUUGAUUGACUAGCGGCAUAUCCAAAAUGGCAACUUUAAACUAUAAUUGCUGAAUAUAUUUCAAUUUAAAUUUGGAAA